GGAGCAGAGUGAUUCCUAUUGGCUGAUUCAGGCAGGGUUCCAUUGUGGACGUCACAAUGCGGAAGUUGGACAAUGAGCUUCAGACUAAAACUUCCUCCUCUGGGUAACAUCUGACAUUAGAGGGGGAGGAUUUGCAAACUGAAAUCUCAAACCAAAUGUCACAUCAACAGUCACUCGGUUCAUCACAAUGUGAGUAUCAUCGGCCUUUGAAUCUAGAAGGAGAACUGUUUGUCUGUUCCGUCUGCGUCAAAAGGUUUUAAACAUCAGUGUGACUGGAAAAGCACUGAGACACACAGCCCGAGUGAGAGUGUUCCAGUGCACUGACUGUGGAGAAAGCUUUAACAGGGUACACAGUUUGACAAAAACAUGAGACCAUUAACAGCAGGGAGAGACUGUACACAUGUUCUGUUUGUAGAAGUGUUUUCAACUGAUUGUUGAAACUGGAGAGACACAAGGACACCUACACAAUGGAGAAACCAUGGAAGUGUAGGGACUGUGGUAAGGGAUUCCGGACCCCAUCUGCACUGGAAAAUCAUCGAUGCAGUCACACCAGGGAUAGACCAUUCACCUGCCCUGUUUGUGGGAAGGGAUUCACUCUCUCAGCCAACCUGCUGACACACAAGCGAGUUCACACCGGGGAGAGACCAUUCACCUGCUCCAAGUGUGGGAAGGGAUUCACUCAGUCAUCCACUGUGCGGAGACACCAGCGAGUUCACACUGGGCAGAGGCCGUUCACCUGCUCUGACUGUGGAAAGGCAUUUACUCAGUUAUCCAGCCUGCUGACCCACCAGCGAAUUCACACUGGGGAGAGGCCAUUCGCCUGCUCUGACUGUGGGAAAGGAUUCACUCAGUUUUCCAGCCUGCUAAUACACCAGCGACUUCAUACCGGGGAGAGACCUUUCACUUGCACUGUGUGUGGGAAGGGAUUCAAUCAGUCAACUAACUUGCUGACACACCAGCGAGUUCACACAGAGGAGAGUCCAUUCACCUGCUCUGAGUGUGGGAAAGGAUUCACUCAGUCAUCCACCCUGUGGAGACACCAGCGAGUUCACACUGGGCAGAGGCCGUUCACCUGCUCUGACUGUGGGAAGGCAUUUACUCAGUUAUCUAGCCUCCUGACCCACCAGCGAAUUCACACUGGGGAGAGGCCAUUCGCCUGCUCUGACUGUGGGAAAGGAUUCACUCAGUUAUCCAACCUGCUGAUACCACUUCAUACCGGGGAGAGACCUUUCACCUGCUCUGAGUGUGGGAAGGGAUUCAAUCAGUCAACUAACUUGCUGACACACCUGCGAGUUCACACAGGGGAGAAGCCAUUCACCUGCUCCGAGUGUGGGAAGGGAUUCACUCAUUCAUCCGCCCUGCGGAGACACCAGCGAAUUCACACUGGGGAGAAACCGUUCACCUGCUCUGACUGUGGGAAGGGAUUCAUUCAUUCAUCUGCCCUGCAGACACAUGAACGACUUCACACUGGGGAGAGACCAUUCACCUGCUCUGAGUGUGGGAAGGGAUUCAGUGAUUCAUCCAACCUGCUGAUGCACCAACGAAUUCACACUGGGGAGAGGCCAUUCACCUGCUGUAGCUGCAGGAAGAGAUUCAGACAUUCAUCCACCCUGCUGAAGCACCAGCAAGUUCAUGCUGAGGAGAGACCAUUCACCUGCUCCGCUUGUGGGAAGGGAUUCACUCAGUUAUCCAGCCUGUUGAGACACCAGCAAGUUCACAGAUGAUUGCAGGGAUUCUGCUGUUAUUGCUGCUGUUAAUCACAUCCAGGACUGAACCAUGAUCAUUCUGACGGUUGGUGAAGUGGGAGGGUCAGAGGGUUUCUUUCCAUUGGGCUGGCUGGUCUCACGGCUUUGCUUCCAGUGGGCUGAUGCUCUUUGAGCCUGGGAGUGCACAUUCCCACUGAAAUGAGCCACAAAGCUGAUUAAGUACAUUUAUUAUAUCCUAAAUAGUAAAUAGUGUUUUUCCUACCGCUACAGAUAGAUCACAAAUAAAUACAUUUGUCUCUGUUCCAUUGAGUCUACAGCAUGGGGCCAGGCUAGUCGGCUCAAUUGGUCUUUGUCAGUUUUUAUGCUCCACAUGAGCCUCCACUUCAUCUUCCCCCAUCAGCAUAUCUUUCUAUUCCUAUAUACCUCGUGUAUGUAUCUAACCUCUGCUUAAAUGUAUUCAUGUUUUUCACCUGAACCACUUGCUGUGGUAGCAAGUUCCACAUUCUCACCACUCGCUGGUUUGUCAUGAAAUCCCUAUUGGAUUAUUGAAUCCCUUCAUAAUCUUAAAGACGUCCAUCAGGUCACCCUUCAGUCUUCUCUCUUUUUCCUGAAAAGUGUCAGUGAAGAAAAUGCUUUCAGUUCUGGUAUUGUUCUUUUUCUAAAUGGAGAUCACUAAUGUUGACAGUUCUCCCAGUUAGUCUAACCAUGGUUCGAAACAAGUUGAACAUAAACUCCCUGCUUUUCAAUUCUAUCCCUCUAUAAUGGAACCCUAUAUAUGGACCACACAUUAAAGGAAUGAUGUGAAUUCUUUGAGAGGCUGGAGACAGGAUUUAUGAGAAUGACGUCAGGGAUGAGGGACUUCAGUUAGUUGGAGAGACUGGAGUAGAUGAAAUUCCUUUCUUUAGAUCAUAGAGUUAUGCAUUCGGCCUAUCAAUUGCAUGCCAGCUCUCCAGAGUGAACCAGUCAGUUCCAUUGCCCUGUUCCAUCCUCACAUCCGUAGAGGUUUAUUCGUCCACCCAAUUAUCUCCGCUUCUCUCACCCUCAUUGGAAGCAGAUUCCAAGUCAUGACCACUCACUUUAAAUGCCUACGAGGCUCACAGAGCAAAGAGGGAGGCCAUUAGGCCCAUCAUGCUCAUGCUGGCUCUUUGAAAAACAACUCAAUUAAUCCAGUCGCCCUGCAAUUUUCUUUUCCUUUCAAGAAUCUAUCCAGAUCCCUUUUUAAAGAUAGAAGUGAAUCUGCUUCUCGCACCGUUUUCAGGCAGUGCAUUCCAAAUCACAACAACUUGCUGUGUUUUAAAACAAAUAAUUCAGGAUAUUGUGUGUUUGAAGUUUCACAUAGUAUUCAAAAUGGUGUCAAAGAUGUGGUUAUUACACAAAAUUAAGGUUCAAUCUUUAUCAAUGAUUUUGACGAGGGGAUUGUGUGUAAUAUGUUCAAUUUUCUGGACAAUUACGAAACAAUGCAUUUCUAUAGCACCUCUCAGGACCAUAGGACCUCUUAAAGCGUUCUGCAGCCAAUGAAGUAGUUUUGAAGUUUCAUCAUUGUUGUAAUGUAUGAACCUAUAGAUAGGGUGGGGUAGUCAAAUUUCAAUUUAAAAAUUAAUCACUUUCAUCCUGUAUUCACUGUUAUAAGUAACAAGGUCAAGGAAACCAUUUUCAACUCUUAACAUGUGGCUUCUUGAAACUUUUGCACAUUGUAUAACUUUUCUUUAUUAAAUACAUAUUGGUUUUGUAUUAAUAGGCAGUCAUGAACCAGAUGAUUUUUCAGUAAUGAACCUUGAAUAAGUUAUCACUUAGUGAAUCAAUGUAAUAGAUAAUUAUUUUAUAAAGGGUGCAUCUGCAUUUUAAAAAAUGAACACCAUAUAAACCUAUUCUUUCUAGAAACUGCAGACCUAGCAGGAAUUGUUUAAACAAAUAAAUUAUUUUCUACUUUUGAUAAGCUAUAGGACAUUAUAUUCUGCCAAAAUCCAGUUUAAGAAUAAGGUUCAUUGUUUAAUCCAUUCAAGAUGAGUAAAAAGCUAUUGUUUUCCACAAACUGUCGUUUUGAACCACUGUAUCUUGUAUUAACCAAAUGUAUUGAUUAAAUAUUACUGUAUUAAUUAACUGUCAGUCAGUAACAGAUGUUUAAGUAGUGAGUCUUAAUUGAGUUACAAUUAAUGAAUCAAUAAUGAAAUCAAUAGUUAUAGUAAAAGACUGAGUUUUAUUCACUGUAAAGAUGUGAAACUUUCAUUGCUGUGUAUGUAGAGAAUGUGCAAUGAAGAUAAAUGUACUGGUAAGAAAGACCUUCAAACUCUGAUUAGUCUCAAAGUUUGAAACUGUCUGAAAAACUGUCCGAUUGUAUAGAAUCAGAUAAAGAGAUAGUAUGAAACA